AUGAAGAUAGCAUCUAACGAUGGCCUAGAAUUCAACAUUGAUGGUGAUAUAGCUAAACAGUCUACAAUGCUCAAAGAGUUUUUCGAUGAUGAGUGUUUGAAUUCAAUCAUAGAAGGUUCUGAUGGACCCAUUUCAUUACCGAAUGUCAAAGGUUCUCUCCUCAAACCAACAUGUAAUUUGGGUGAUGCAACAAAACUCAAUGUUCAUCUUGUUCCACAUUCACAUGAUGAUGUUGGAUUUGUUAAAACAUUAGAUGAAUAUUAUUAUGGAUCUCGAAGUGAUCUUCAACAUGCUGGUGUUCAAUAUAUUCUUGAUUCAAUUGUUCUUGCAUUAGAUGAAAAUCCUCAUCGACGAUUUAUCUAUGUUGAAAUGGCUUUCUUUUAUCGAUGGUGGCUUCAACAAAUAGAUGAAAUUCGCAAUAAAGUUAAAGCUUUCGUCAAUUCAGGUCGUCUUGAAUUUAUUUCUGGUGGUUGGUGUAUGAAUGAUGAAGGAACAACACAUUAUAAUUCAAUUAUUGAUCAACAUAGUUUAGGUCUUGAAUUUCUAAAUGAUCAAUUUGGUGAAUGUGGUCGACCAAAAAUUGGUUGGCAAAUCGAUCCAUUUGGUCAUUCACGUGAACAGGCGUCUCUGCUUGCACAGAUGGGUUUUGAUGGUUUAUUCUUUGGUCGUGCUGAUUAUCAAGAUCUACAAAAACGUAAUACAACAAAAUCAAUGGAAAUGAUUUGGAAAGCAAGUGCUAAUUUAGGUCGUCAAAGUUGGUUAUUUACUGGUAUUUUACCUCGAAGAUAUUCAACUCCAGCAACAUUCUCUUUUGAUUUUAUUGCUCCAGAUGAUCCGAUCAUAGAUGAUGUAAAUUUACCAGAUUAUAAUGUACCAGAACGUGUUCAAACAUUUAUUGAAACAGCUCAGAAUGAGUCAAUGGAAUAUGCAACUAAUCAUAUUAUAAUGACAUUUGGUGGUGAUUUUCAAUAUCAAAAUGCAUUGGCAAAUUAUAAAAAUUUAGAUAAAUUAAUUAAAUAUGUCAAUGAUCAGCAAAUAAAUGGUAGUAGUGUAAAUGUUUUCUAUUCGACUCCAUCCUGUUAUUUAUAUGCAUUAAAUAAAGUUAAUCGUAGUUGGAUAACAAAAACGGAUGAUUUUUUUCCACAUGCACAUCAUCCACAUGGAUUUUGGACAGGAUAUUUUACAUCACGACCAGCUUUAAAACGUUUUGAACGUUAUUCAAAUAAUAUUUUACAAGUUAUACGACAAUUAAAUACAUUUUCUAAUAGUCAAUUACGAAAUCAAAUUUUUAGUUUAAGUGAAGCAAUGGCGAUUGCUCAACAUCAUGAUGCAGUUAGUGGAACAGAAAAACAACAUGUAGCAAAUGAUUAUGCACAACGAUUGUCCAUUGGAAUUGAUUCAGCACUUAAUGUAAUUAAUACAGCUUAUCCAAAACUGUUGAUAAAAGAUAAACAAUCAACAACAACAGAAAUUCAACAAUUUCUUUGUCAAUUAACAAACAUAAGUGAAUGUUUACCAAUUGAAAACGCAAAACAAUUCAUAGUAAUACUUUGGAAUCCAAUAAUUCAUCCAGUUGUUGGUUAUUUACGUGUCCCUGUUACGAGAUCUUAUACAGUUCGUGAUUUUAGUGGGCCAAUUCCUUUUCAGUUAAUUCCAAUUUCAAAUUCAACGAAAACAAUACCUGGUCGAAUGAGUAAUGCAACGUAUCAAUUGAUUUUUAAAUAUAAUUUACCAGCAUUGGGUUUUAAUACAUAUUUCUUUGAGGCGAAUGAAGAAGAAGAAGAAGAAAAAUUAGAAAUAACUAAAAAUGAAAUAUGUAUUUUACAAAAUCAAAAUCUUCGAAUUGAAAUUGAUGAACAAGGAAAUCUGAGCAGUCAUCCUAUUCCGGAAAGAAGCAUUCUCGGAAAUCUAAAACGUAUUAUAAAUCUUCAAAAGAAUAUUAAUAUUACAUUUCUUAAUCAAGGUUUCUAUUGGUAUAAAAGUUAUUCUGGUAAUAAUUCUCAAUUUGAUUUUCAAGCAUCUGGUGCUUAUAUCUUUCGACCAGUAACACAAGAUGCAAAACCAAUAUCUAAAAAACGUUCAUUAAAAUGUAUUAAAAGUGAACUUGUUCAAACAGCAAUUAUUAUUUUUAAUGAAUGGAUUAGUCAAGAAAUCAAUCUUUAUGAUGAAGGAGAAGAUAUUGAAAUUGAAUGGACAGUAGGUCCGGUUCCAGUUGAAGAUAAUAUUGGAAAAGAAAUUAUUCUUCGAUAUGAUACAGAUAUUAAAAGUCAAUCAAAAUAUUAUACAGAUGCAAAUGGACGAGAAGUUCUUCAACGAAUAAGAAAUUAUCGACCAACAUAUAAUUAUACAAUUACUGAACCAGUUAGUGGAAAUUAUUAUCCAGUUAAUUCUCGUAUUUGGAUUAAUGAAACAAAUCGACAAUUUACUAUUCUUACUGAUCGUUCGGAAGGUGGUGCAAGUCUUAUUGAUGGUUCAGUUGAAUUAAUGAUACAUCGACGUUUACUUUAUGAUGAUAAUUUGGGUGUUGGUGAAUCAUUGAAUGAAUCUGCAUUUGGUCAAGGUCUUGUUAUUCGUGGAAAACAUUUUCUUAAUAUUGAUUUACCUCAAACAAGUGCUUUUUAUCAUCGUAUUCAUUCACAAGAAUUAUUUAUGUCUCCACUUGUAACAUAUGCAUUAAUUAAUUCAUCUUAUAUGAAUUAUUCAAGUUUAUAUCAUGAAACAUGGUCUGCAUUAAGCGAUAUAUUACCUUCAAAUAUUCAUUUAUUAACAUUAGAUCAAUUGAAUGAAAAACAAUAUCUUAUUCGUCUUGAGCAUUAUUUUGAAUUAAAUGAAGAUGAAAAAUAUUCAUAUCCAACUAAAAUUGAUUUACAAUCAAUAUUUAAAUCAAUUGGAAUAAUUGAUAAAAUAUUAGAAUUAACAUUAGAUGCUAAUUUAGAAUUAUCUCAAAUGAACAGACUACAUUGGUUAACUGAUAAUGAUGAAUUAUUACUACAAACGAAUAAUUCUACGAGACAAACUACACAAUUACCUAAUUAUUCUUGUAGUGAAAAUAAUGCUUCUAUUCAGUUUACAUUGUCUUCAUCGUCUCAUUCGGCUUGGAAGCCAACAUCAAAUUGUUCUUUACAACAAUGUAAUACAAGCUUGAAUGAUAACAAUAAUUGUCUUUCAUCAUCAACACCUUGUUUUGAUUAUCGAACAAUAAAUAAUAUUAGUUAUUGUGCACCUGGGAUUUUAUGUUCAAUACUAGAAAGAUGUGAUAAUAUUACACAAACAUGUUCAUUAAAUAAUUCAGUGUGUGUUAUUAACUCAUGUUGUUCAUCACAAGCAGUAUGUUUACCAUUGUCAGCAAUACAAAUGUGAUGGUUUCCUACUGGUAAUAUGAAUAAUGCACGAGUUUAUCACGCAGCAUCUGUAUUAUCAGAUGGAAAAGUAUUAGUUACUGGUGGAGUUGACAAUGGUGCUGAAUUGUAUGAUCCAUCAACAAAUACCUGGACGCGUACGAAUAAUAUGACUGAUAUACGGAGUGCUCACACAUCAUCUGUAUUAUCAAAUGGAAAUGUAUUAGUUACUGGUGGAUACAGUAGUGGUAGUGCUUUAAAUAGUGCUGAGCUGUAUGAUCCAUCAGCAGGUACUUGGAUAACUACUGCUAGCAUGGCUCAUGGACGAUAUCAGCACACAGCAUCUGUAUUAUCAAAUGGAAAAGUAUUAGUUACUGGCGGAUCGGAUGGUAAUAAUGGUAUAAAUAGUGCUGAGCUGUAUGAUCCAUCAACAGGUACUUGGACAACUACUGGUAGCAUGACUAAUGCACGAAGUUGUCACGCAGCAUCUAUAUUAUCAAAUGGAAAUGUAUUAGUUACUGGUGGGGCUGUUAAUUAUGCUUAUUUAAAUAGUGCUGAAAUAUAUGAUCCAUCAACAGGUAUUUGGACAACUACUGGUAACAUGACUGAUAGACGAUAUUUUCACACAGCAUCUGUACUAUCAAAUGGAAAAGUAUUAGUUACUGGUGGACUCAAUGAUUAUAUUGGUUAUUCAAAUAGUUUUAUAAAUAGUGCGGAAUUAUAUGAUCCAUCGACAGGUAUUUGGACAGCUAUUAGUAACAUGACUAAUAUACGGGUUUGUCACACAGCAUCUAUAUUAUCAAAUGGAAAAGUAUUAGUUGCUGGUGGAUCCACUGGUAGUGUUUAUUUAAAUAGUGCUGAGUUGUAUGAUCCAUCAACAGGUACUUGGACAACUACUGGUAGCAUGGCUAAUGUACGAGAUCGGCACACAGCAUCUGUAUUAUCGAAUGGAAAAGUAUUAGUUACUGGUGGUGAAGGUAUUGGACAGUAUGCUAUAAUUGGCGCUGAAUUAUACUAA